UAUCUAUCUCUUCUCGACCUUUGGCUAUGGAAUGCAAGGAAGAACCAGGAUGCACUUCCGUUGAUGUGAUCCAACGCCGUCCUCAGAGGAAAUCGCAGCCCAUACGACAAGUUGCAGCCGUUCAAGAUCGCCACGCGCCCAAUCAGCGACGAGAGCCGUGAUAGGUCGUAAUUCCGUUCGGCUGCACCGUGGUGACGUCGUCGUCUCGCCGGCGCAGAGCCCGAGACGAGAACGUUCCUUGCCGAGCUUUCGAACGCGGAAGUAACAUCUCGUCGGCUUGGGCCACGACUCCAGCGCAUAUACACAGAUUGGUCAUGGACGCCGAGAACUGGGCGCGGCCCAGCGACUGCGACGACGACGACGAAUGCGACCGCGAGAGCUGGCUGUAUCGGUCGACGUGUGAUGCCAACAGCAUUGCUCGCCUGUGCGCCGAGGACCUCGACGACGACGGAGCCGAUGCUGCGACCGACUCGCCGCUAGGCACACCCACGGCGCCUUUCCAAGCCGCCAAGCUCAAGCUGCCUGUGACGAAGGGAGGCGCAAGCGACCGCAUGGACUAUAUGGACGCGUCCAAGCGCAACGUAGGCCACCUCCGCGAGGCCAAGCCCUUGUGGAAACCGCUUGUGCCAUGGACCGAAGACGUCAAGCUCGAGAAGGACGACGCGUGGAUCGAUUGCAUGUCACCGAACAACGACGAAUGUGGCUCCAGGCCCAUGGUCCUCAUCGAGCCCUUCGCGGUACUGAGCAUCGUCGUGACCAACAUCAGCGUCGUGGCCGUCGCGACGUUUGGCUGGACCGACCGUCUCCGCACCGCGCUCGGCCUCCAAGACCUUCCGCGCUGCAGCUUGGUGCUGGUCAUUUCGAUGCUGCUGAGCGUCGCAUGCAGUGGCGGCGGCCUUGUAGGCGAUUAUGCGCGACACCGAGGGCUCGUGCUUCGGUGGGCGUCAUGCCUCUGGGUACUCGCGUCGUCACUGCUACUCUUUGGCUGCGUGCUGGACACGGCAUUAUUGUACGGCUUGGGGCUUGCGCUCGCCUAUGUGGCGGCCGGCGCGGUCGUGCCCAAUGUCGUCGUGGCGGGAACGGCGCUCGAGCACACUCACGACGUCAGCGACGACCACGAGCGACUGCAGAUCACGACGUUCUAUGGCUGGACCACCGCAGCGACGAUCGGCAGCCUCGCUGCAACCCAAGCCUUCUGCCUCGCGACGUUGUCAGAGACGCAAGUACUCGCGCUCUUUGCGCUCAUCUUCCUUCUGCUCUUGACGCUGGCGUGGCUGCACGUGCACAUGCGCUGCCGCCGCUGGCCGCCCCAGGUGACAUCCGUGUCGGUCGUUGCUACCGGGUGGCACGUCGUGCGCGGGCACUGGCUCCUCCUCGGCACGAGCGGCGGCGCGCUCCUCAUGCUUCUCGGCGCGCUUGCUGUUGUUGCUAGCCUCGCCGUGCCGCCGAGUAGCACUGGCGCGGCGCUCGAUACGCGCUUUUUGCUCGCGGCAGCUGGCGUCGGAAGUAUCUUUCUCGGGUGGAUCAGCACGCUCAUCCUGGGCGUGGCCUCGUUCAACUUGAACUACUCGGUCCAUGUCCACCGGCGACGUCCGGAUUCCGAGGACAAUGAUGAUGAAGACGAAGACGAAGAUGCGGACGGGCCAAUUGCGUCCGAGCACAUGCCCGUUCUGCGCGGCUUGAGCCUCUUUCCGAUCGGGUGCAUGGCCGUCUUUGCGGCUGCGCUGCGCGGGCAGCUCUACUCGCUCUUGCUCUUGCAGCAGUGCCAGACAAGCCAAAUCGCGUUUGGCAGUGUGCUAGUGAGCCCCGAUUACGUGGCCGUCGGCGUCGGUACCGUGGCACUUGUGUCGAGUCCGCUCCUCCUCCGCCUUCUCACCGUGGAGCUCAAAGCCUUUGGACGCAGCACGCGGCUUCUCCACGCCCUUUUGUUUUACCUGCUCAGCGCCUUCCUCGCGGGCAUCGUCGAGCUCUACCGCCGCAGCAGCCCGCACGUGGCCGGCCCGCUCCUCUUUCCAAACACGUGCCACAAGAAGGUGACGACGAGCAUGGACGCCGGGUACGCGACCGCGUACGUUUUGCCGCUGGGGCUGGCGGAGAUGCUCUUUCGAACGUGCGUCAGUGAGAUCGGUGCGUUUGUCUUGCCACCUCGCCAGAUGGGGCUAGCGGCCAGCAUCCUCGCCGUGUGCGAUGGUAUCGGGAUCGCGGCCGCCAUUGGCAUUGGCGUCAUCACGGUGCGCUGGUACCGGACGCCGGGCCCGACGGACCUUGUGCUCGUGCUCCUCGCCUCGACGACGCUCGCGUGCAUGGCGUACGCUUGCAUGAAGCGCCUCGUGGCCCACUACCAGGCCGCUCAGAUCUGGUUGUAGCUUUAGUCGUGAAUGUCGUCGUACGCGUUAAUAUAUUACUGUCUAUCUACCAUCGC